AUGAAAGUGGACCUGGUACCGGGUCUUGGAGAUCCGUGUACUCAGCAGAUGCCUCAGCAACCAAUUCAUCGCGCAUGCCUCCCGAAGUCAUCUGCGCCUGAGAAUACCUUAACUCUUCCCACCAACCCAUAUCAGUUCACUCUCGACGGUUUGGAUUUCUUGGCGACUUCCGGCUCAUCUUACGCUGGCAGCAUCCUUGCCCCCACCUGUCCUGACACCGUCGACGGGUUUCCAUUUGACAAACGAGAUCCAUUUAUAAUGGACGACGAGUUUCCUCAUGUGAUGGUGGUUGGAAAUCAACCAUCGCUGGAGUCUGAUUGGUUCGAGGGACCAAAUGGAGAAAAAUGUCUGAUGAUAUCUGUUCCACGCUUCUCCCGUACUCAAAUGAUCGUCCUUUUGGAUCUUGAUACAAUGGAAGUGACGAGUCAACUAUUUGGGAAAGCUUAG